AUGAUUCCGACUAACGUCAAUCGCCAUCCCUGCACUUCAAAUCCUCGUCUAGCGGUGUUACCAGGAAAGAAUAACGGACUAGGAACUAGGACAGUUCCAGCUGGGGACGUAGUUUUAAUGGUCGACGUCACCGCCUGUGAAAGCAAGGCGUGGGCAGCAGCAGUAGGUGUCGGAGCAAUGCCGCCCGUGGUGUACGCCCCCUUCAGCUUCAUCAGCCAAUCACCAACGUUCACAAAAUACAGCUUCGCACCCCCCAGUGCGAUGACACCAUCAUAUUCGACGUUCGGUGCUUCGUUGGCCAGGCGGAACUUCUCGGCGAGUCUUAACUGGGCUUCAAAGCCACUCUCUACUGUCCAUCGGGGGACGCCAUUCGAGGAACGGUCACUGAAACUCCUGCGGGAUAGCUUGGGUGGUGGUGGUUGCCUGACCCAUCCGGCUCUCGGAAAAGAAGAAGGCAAGCCCGAAGUAUGUCAGAGAACUGGAAGGGGUGCUUCACCGCUUUCUACCCUCAAUCCAGCAUCAUUGGGUAAACCCUACCACGGCUCCUUCAACCCUCGACCCGGUGGUAGCUCUGCUGGUUUCCGAAUCUCCAUUCACCAAAUCGACUCUCCUACGCGCUAUGUCCUCGCCGAUACCGUUCUUUCUCCUACACGUUCCACCAUUGCAAGAAUCUGCUUCUGA